AUGAUUCGUUUCGGCAUUAACAAAACAGCACUUAGAUCAGUCAAUGUGCCAUCCAUCUUGGGUAAGAGAUCUUAUUCUAUAAUUUCUGUACACAGAGACACCAAGCUUGACAACCCAGAUAUUCUGUUUGAGUUCAAUAAAGACAACUUGAGCAGGGCUAAGAGUAUCGUUGCAAAGUAUCCUCCCCAGUACAAGAAAGCAGCAGUUAUGCCUUUGUUAGAUUUGGGACAGCGUCAAUUGGGGUUCACUUCAAUUUCAGUAAUGAACUAUGUUGCAAAGUUUUUAGAUAUGCCACCAAUGAGAGUAUAUGAGGUAGCUACUUUUUAUACCAUGUACUAUAGAAAGCCUGUCGGAAAGUACAACAUUCAGGUGUGUACAACAACACCAUGCCAGUUAUGUGGCUCAGAUGGUGUCAUGGAUGCUAUCAAAAAUCACUUGAAGAUUAAACCGGGUCAAACUACUGCUGAUAAUUUGUUUACCUUCCACGAGGUAGAAUGUUUAGGCGCAUGUGUCAAUGGGCCAAUGUUGGCUAUAAAUGAUGACUAUUAUGAAGAUUUGACUCCUGAGUCUACCGUUGAACUCUUGAAGGAAAUACAAUCAGGUAAAGAAUUGAAAAAAUGCGGUCCUGUGAGUGGUAGAGAAUCUUGCGAGCCUUUGUCUGGUAGAAAAGUUUUGUUAGGUAAAGAACCUACGGAUAUUUCUAAGUUCGUUCAACCAGGUUUAUAG